AAAGAGUGUAGUAGGCGCUCACAAAAAUUCAAAUCAGGACCACCGUGUCACCGCGACGGCAACCGCCGCCGAUUCCAUUCUGAAAUGGCGAAUGUCGAUGAACUCUUAUCUUCCUUAUCCUCAGAUAUAACCACCUACACCGGCAAGGACCCUCUUCUUCCUUGGCUUCGAGGGAUCAAAAAGUUGAAGGAUACUCUUCCCUCAAAAACCCUCAAGGAAAAACUCCCAGAAUUCUUGCAGAAAUGCGCCCGAACAUUCGAGCUCGAUAAACGUUACAAAAACGACUUACGUUAUAUUCGCGUUUGGCUCCAUUUGAUGGAUUUUGUUGAUGACCCGAGUGCGUUAUUGAGAACCAUGGGUGUUAAUCAUAUUGGAAUAAAACGUUGUCAGUUCUAUCAAGCAUAUGCUCUUUAUUAUGAGAAGAAUAAGAUGUAUGAUGAAGCAGAAAAAAUGUACCGUUUGGGAGCUAAGAACCUUGCAGAGCCAGUGGAUGAAAUGCAGAAAUCUUAUGAACAAUUUCUUCAACGCAUGAAGCGUAAGAAGAAAAUUCAGGAAAUGAGAGGUUCUGAUAGACAUGUAAAGUCUAAAAAUGAUGAGAACAAGAGAUUUCGUGGUGAACAUACAGUUGUAGUCAACAAGUUUGUUGACACUGCCAUGGAUGGAAAGUCCGAGGCAGAAAAUGCAUGCCAUAAUGGGCUAGUUGAUCCUACAAUAAAUAUGAAGGAGGCAAUGAAUGCCAUUAACAGCAUGUUCAAUGAGCCACUGGAUGUUCCUUUGGCAAGGAAAUCACAUAAAAACAUAUCGAAAGAAAACCGCAGUACAGAGAACAACUUUGAAGUUUUUGUUGACGAAAACUUGGACAAUGGAAUCAAACCAAGUGGUUCCUCAUCGCAUCAGCAAAGGACCGAAGCUGGCAAGCCUCACCAAGAAUCAUUCCAGAUAUAUAUUGAUGAUGAAGGACGUUCUGAAGAUUCUACUUCAUUGGCUUCAAAAGUAAAUGGCUCUGUUUUCCCCAAACCUAAGGACGUUCCUUCUGAAAAAUCUAGCGAUAUGAAUGCACAAAGAUCUCAGAAUUCAAAGUUUAGAGAGGAUACAGUUGUUCGCAGAUUUGUUGGUUCUGCCAUUUUAGAUGAACCAAAGGUGGAAAAUGUUUGUCACAACGGUUUAGUAGAUCCCACAGUUAACAUGAAGGAAGCAAUGAAUGACAUAAACAACAUGUUUGGGGAGCCAAUAGAUUUUGUCAGGAGAAAAAGAUCAGCGAAGCAGGAGAAGGCACCGGUGAACAACCGCGGGAAGGAACUCUGCGGGUUUUCAAUCCUAGCUGAUGAUGAUGAUGACCUUGAGCCGAAACAACGUCCUCCCCUACCAAAAUUGCCGCGGAAGUCAAAAGAAUCUGAUUUGUUUGAGCCAACUCUCCAUACAAAGGAAGCCAUGGAUGACAUUAACAAGAUGUUUAAUAUGCCUCUGAAUUUUUAAGAACAAAGUGUUUUUGUGGAUGCAUAUCUUCAUGUUUCCUUCUUUGAGAUUAUUGUGAGGGUUGAACUAAUUCACUCCCCUCUUCAGGUGGAUUUUAUUUUGGAAAAUGCUUAUUGUUACGAAAGAAGUUUGACAAGAAACACAAGAAUUCUACGUCGCCGCCAACUCUCCCAUGUAUGGUCAGUCAGGAUCUAAUUGGUCGAAUAUCAAUUUUUACGCAUUCUUAUCAUUUGUAACAAAUAGAAGUGUUAUUUAGAUUUCUCAAGAUCCGAUUCAGAGACUUCGCUUGAGAA